AUCGGAACGCAAAUAGACGGUAAAGUUGGAAGUGUGACGCAAACGGAUCUGAGUCUCAUUCGUAUCAGUGAACAGUUGAGCGCUUAUCUGACCGAAUUAGGCUUGAAUGGGGCUGAUGAUGAACAACAAUUUCUUAACGAUAAAGAGAGACUUUCCGCAGGUUCAGCUGUGUUAUUCAUUGAUGUGGUGACUUAA